UAACUAGUUAAGAAGGCAGUUUGGAAGUCUGCAAAAAGAGUGCAGAGCUUGAGACGCGCGUGUUUGGACGCCCCGGAGAGAGAAAGAGAGAAAAAAAGAAAAGACCGGUGCUUGACACCAGAGAAAAGGGAAAUAGAGUUUGCGAGACGUUGGCGUGGCACCAUGGUGCAACACACCGACACUAGCGAGACGGACGGGAGCAUGUCACGGGAGGCGACGGACUCGGAGGAGAGUGAAUUUAUGGCGUGCAGCCCGGUGGCCAUCAACCCGGACUGGUGCAAGACGGCCACCGGUCACAUUAAAAGACCCAUGAACGCCUUCAUGGUGUGGUCGAAAAUCGAGCGGAGAAAGAUCAUGGAGCAAUCUCCGGAUAUGCACAACGCCGAGAUCUCCAAGCGUCUGGGCAAGCGGUGGAAGAUGCUGAAGGACAGCGAAAAGAUCCCGUUCAUCCGGGAAGCGGAGCGUCUCCGGCUAAAACACAUGGCCGACUACCCCGACUACAAGUACAGACCCAAGAAGAAACCAAAGCUCGACAGCUCCAAGUCGGCGCCGUCGCCGGAGAAGUGCGGCAAAAUGGCCAAACCGCCCAGCAAGAAGUGCAGCAAGAUCAAAACCAAGAGCGGCCCCAAAUCUUCGCACGCCUACGCCGACGAUUGCGCCGGCGCGUUCAAGGCGACAAAAGUGAUCAAGAGCGAGCCGAGCGACGACGAGGAGGACGAGGACGACUACGAGGAGGACUACCAUAUGCACCACCACAUGCACCGGGUCGGGGGGAUUAAGGAGGAGCGCCUGAGGCCGUAUAACCUCGCCAAAGUGCCCGCCAGCCCCACGCUGAGCUCCUCGGCGGAGUCAGAGGGGGCGAGCAUGUACGAGGAGCUACGCGCUUCCUCCACCUCCACCAACAGACUCUUUUACAACAUCAAGAACAUUUCCAAGCAGACGCUGCACGCUGCUUCCGUCUCACCAGCAUCCUCCAGGUCGGUCUCCACAUCCUCCUCAUCCAGCAGCUCCUCAUCCGGCGAGGACGCGGACGAUUUGCUGUUUGACUUUAGUUUGAAUUUCGCCCCCAGCGCCUCUGGCUCGGAGCCGGGCAACCCAAAUUCAGGGAACCUGUCGUUGUCCCUCGUGGAUAAAGACCUGGACUCGUUCUGCGAGGGCAGCCUGGGCUCUCACUUUGAGUUCCCAGACUAUUGCACGCCUGAGCUCAGUGAGAUGAUCGCAGGAGACUGGCUGGAGGCCAACUUCUCCGAUUUGGUAUUUACAUACUGAUUUCAAACGUAAUAACACACAGAAAUGAGAUGUUUGUCCUGAUCAAGUUGUCCCUAAAAAACCUGCCUCCCUCUUAUUUUGAAGGGGCCGUUUCAGGACCAGGAGGCAAGGUGAGGUUUGAGAUGCUUAUGAAGCUGGUAGCAAAAAAAAAAAAUGUAAAAACAAACACAAGUCUGCAGACAUUUUUUUUUUCUAUGUUAUCUGGCAGCAUGACAGGGUUUUAUGGAUUUUUCCUUGCCGAACAAGCGGGGGAAAACAUGAACUUCUAUGCAUCUUAUCCUCUUUUUAGACAAACUGCAGGGAGACGAAACUUGUGGACUGAAUCGAGCAAAUCUGUGAACCGAUCAGGAUGUUACUUUACAAAAAAAAAAAAACACGUUUUCUGUAAUUUCUAAACCGAUUUUUUUGGUAAUUUUCUUUGACAAACCUCAGCGUAUACACACGCCGAGGGAAACAUUUUGAUACAUGACAGACCUCAUCUUUUUAAAAGAAAAUAAGAUAUUUUCAGGCAUAUUUUUGUACAGUCGAAAGGGAAUGUUCUUACUGGGCUUUCAGUGAGUUUCAGGCACUUCUUCCCUUUAUUCUUGUUUUGUUUUUUAUUUCACGCAUGCAAGGGAGUCCUGGUUUGGAAGGAUUAAGUUAAAAUGGGAAACGUGCGUCAAAAAUGCCUUGUGGUUUUUUCAACUAGGUUUUUUUGUACAGUUGUAGAGCAGAUUUGUCGAGUAUUUGUAGACAAUACAAUGGCGUCAUGGGGGAUACACAUACCUCAGAGCUGGAACUAGUUUCAAGAUUGUAUAUGUACUGUAAUAUAGUAAAGUUAGGAGUUUAUGUAUAUCAUACUCGUGAUAUGUGGAUGGGUCCCGAUCGCAGGUGUGAAACUGGAUUUUUUUUUUUUUUGUGGGUAUUUUUUACGGCACAUACUGUUUUUCGCCCCUUCUCAUUUUUUGUGCAAUAUAAUACUCUUUAAGAAACAGACCAUCGACAAUUGUAGCAAGUGAUGGGAAAAAUUCGAACAGACUUGUGCACUGUCGGCAUCGUCUCAAAGAAUGAAAACAAAUCAGCUGGAACUGAUGCAAAACAAGCGGCGUGAUACAUACAAACAGGUUUUUUUGAAUGUUAUUGGAAAUAUUACGAGGGGAAAUAAACCAGUUGAUUAUUCUGCAAAAAAACAAACAAAAAAAUGGUACGGUGUCAUACGGCGGUGGUCGAAACGAGCAAAAAAGUACAUUCCACACUCCUGUUUCAUUAAAUGAAACUUUAUUUUGAAACUGACGACUGCCUUGUUUUUUAUCAUGAACCAUAAACAUGUCUAUUUUAUUUCUUGCACUUAAAAAGCAGUUUAUUUUUAUGUGAGUCUCACAUAUGAAGUCUGUUUGAUUACAAAAAAAAAAAAAAAGGUUUUGGAAUAUGACUUGAUUAUAUGCCAGACGUUUUUUUCUUGUUGGAAGUUCUGGCCGGUAGUUACUUCACAUUCCGGGUGUGAACCUGUCAUCUUUUUGAAUAAAUAACAACCUACCACCAUAGAUUGUGUUUGCAGUUUUUGUGAAUAUAUGUGAAAAAUGUAUACUCAAACUAAUACGUGAAUUCACAUUUAAUUAAAAAACUGAAAAUUACUAUUGUUGAAACUGAUUUACUCUAAUUUAUACACUCAAAAAUGGUUCCUGCGCCUUUAAGAAAUUGAAUUGCCCGCUUGCUGGCGCUCGGCGAUGUGAUUGGUGGGCUCGCCGGUCCCCUUGGAGACGACGCUGGAAAGAGGAGCUGCAUCCUCCCCCCAUCUUUUUUCCCUCCCCCUAUACCCAGCAUGUGGGAGCAUUCAGUGUGUCUGGCUUCCAUUCAGAAAAGUAGCGCCACGCUCAGCGUUGAGCCGCUUGAGAGAUGUGCUGCAAAAAAAAGAAGCACUACAUCUGACAUAUGUUCUCUCCGAGAUAAACAUUUGCACUUAUUCCAGGCAGAUGUCAUCUAAUCUAUGAAAAUGUGUUGUUGGGAAGAUAAUUCCACUGUGGAAAUUCAGCCAUUAAUUCUUCAAAAUAUCACAAGUGGGUAGUGUGGCAUUUGGACGAGAAAAGACGGUUUAGAACGAUUAUGUCAGUGGAUGCCGCGUGUCCUAUUUAGAUCAACCGGGUAGCUUGAAAUAACACAAACUGACUUCAAAAAUCGUAGAGACAGAGAGAACCAAAAGUGGUAUUUGCAAUGUGGCAAAUUUGAUUUUGCCAUGUGGCAAACUGUAUUUUGACAUGUGGCAUUUUUUUGGUAUGUGGAAAAAUGGAUUUUGGUAUGUGGCAUUUUUUUUUUUAUAUGUGGCAUUUUUUUGGGGGGGGUAUAUGGCAUUUUUGCAGGCCAUGCACGUCCAUGCCAUUGAAGGCUAUUCAUGUCCAAAUUUUCUAUUUCAUAUGAAAUGGCAGAAAAACAAACAAACAAACAAACCAAAAUCAAUUUUGCCACAUGGCAAAAAAAUGCCACAUGUCAAAAUACAUUUUGCCACAUGUCAAAAAAAAAAAGAAAAAAAAAGCCACACGGCAAAAAAAAUGCCACAUGGCGAAAUCAAUUUUGCCACAUAGCAAAAAAAAAAAAAAAAAAAGCCACAUGCUAAAGAAAUAAUGCCACAUGGGAUUUUUUUGGAGGGUAUAUGGCAUUUUUUCAGACCAUGUACGUCCAUGCCAUUGACGCCUAUGAAUGUCCAAAUUUUCUAUUCAUAUUAAAUGGCAGAAAAUCAAAUAAACAAACAAACAAACC